AUGAUAACUGUCCCGAGACCAAUCGUCCGACAUCAGGGCCAAUUACAGAUAUCCAACUUCAUGGAUUCGGCGAUGCUAGCAAUCAAGGAGUCAGUGCUGUUAAUUGUAUACGCGCUAGCCAAACAAGACUCCGAGGACACCCAAACGUUAGUGGCUGCAAAGUUUCGCCUGGCGAAGCGUGGACUUACCAUACCUCGGCUAGAAUUGGUCGCUGGUCAUAUGACAGCAAACCUGGUUAGCAGCGUGGCGAAGGCGAUCGGUGAAGAAAGAGUGUCGCAACAACAUGCAUGGCUUGACCGUACAGUUGCUUUGUAUUGGAUACGAGGCAUGGGGGAGUACCGACAGUUUGUGGCUAAUCGUCUCAUAAAAAUUCAAGCUCACUCCAAUAUCGAAUGGUAUCACGUUCCUACUUCAGAGAACCCUGCUGACCUAGGUAGCAGAGGAGGGCAGCCGACAGAGAAAUGGCUAAAUGGUCCAACGUGGCUUGGUAAUGAAAUGGCCUGAUGGCCUCCAUGAAUCCUCAGAAUCACAGUCUGAAGCCAAGGUAACUCGAGAAGUGUUAGCAACCGCGGUGACUGAGCCUGAGCGAGAUGAUCAUGUAAACCUACUUGAGAAGCACACCUUGACAAAGACCCUCAGAAUCGGUGCGUGGGUCACGAGAUUUAUAUAUAAUUGCAAGAAUAAAAGAGACAACCGAAUUGGAGGUCCUCUUCAUUAUGACGAAAUCCUGAAGGAAGAGAAAUGGUGGAUUGCUAAAGUUCAGAAGUUGAUUUCAGAAGAAGAACGAGAAAAGCGUAAAGAUCUUAACCUGCAAACAAAUGAGGACGGACUGUUAGAAUGUCGCGGCAGAAUUGAGGGACAUUACCCACUGUACGUCCCUGAUGCUGCACUGUUUUCAACGUAG